GUUUUUAUUGAUAAAGAGUGUAUAGUUUUGAAAGAAAGAAAAAAAGCAAAACAGAGUCCGCUCUGUCUUUUAGUAUUACAAAGAAGUUCAUCGCUUUCAACGCCAACCAAGAAAGCUCAAUUAUUAUCAGAAAACAUCCCCCCAAAAAAAGAAAAACAAAAAAACACAGUGAUCCAUUCUUAAUCAUUAGAAUGGAUUCAAUAAGAUUGUUGUCUAAGAACAUGAAGAUCGAAGGAAACCCUUUCUUUGGUUCUUCUUCUUCUCACCAACGCAAUCAAAUCUUCCUCAAAUUCGUCGCUUUCUCCCUCUUGAUCGGUCUCGCUUACCGUUUUAUCGUCACUAACUCCACCGUCUCUCCGGUUACCCAACUUCCAACCCCGCCGGAUUCUCCUUCCGGUCUCACUGCAUUAGCUCAACCUCCAGCAUCCUCAGGAAACAUCACCACUCCCACCAUUGCUUCUCAAAACGUUAGCAGCAAGUGUGAUAUCUUUACUGGAAAGUGGGUACCAGACCCAUCAGGUCCAGUCUACACCAAUGUCACUUGCCGUCAUAUCCAAGAUCACCAGAAUUGCUUGAGCAACGGACGCCCUGAUGUGAAUUACCUUCUUUGGAGAUGGCAACCUCGCGACUGCCAUCUCCCAAGGUUUAAUCCUGAGCAGUUCCUCCAACAAAUGAGGAACAAAUGGUGGGCUUUUAUCGGUGAUUCCAUCUCUCGUAACCAUGUUCAAUCCCUCAUCUGCAUUCUCUCUCAGGUAGAAGAAGUAGAGGAAAUAUACCAUGACAAGGAAUACAGAUCAAAGAUUUGGAGAUUCCCUUCUCACAACUUCACACUCUCAGUCAUUUGGUCUCCUUUCCUUCUUAAAGCUGAAACCUUUGAGAACCUCGAUGGUGUUUCCUUCUCUGACAUUCAACUCCACCUCGACAUGUUAGACCACACUUGGACUGAUCAGUACUCCAAUUUCGACUACGUUGUCAUCUCCGGCGGCAAAUGGUUCCUCAAAACUUCAAUCUUCCAUGAAAACAACACUUUGUCCGGAUGCCAUUACUGCCAAGGGAAGAACAAUCUCACCGAGCUCGGUUACCUCUACUCGUACAGAAAAGCGCUACGUUUGGUUCUAGACUUUGUCGCUGAACCAACCCAUGAAGCUCAGGUUCUGUUCAGGACAACGACACCUGAUCAUUUCGAGAAUGGGGAGUGGAACACUGGUGGUUUCUGUAACCGAACGAUGCCUAUUACGGACAGCAGCCAAGGAGAGAUGAAGACCGAGGAUGUGUCGAUGCGUGAUAUCGAGCUGGAAGAGUUCCAUAAGACGACAACAUUACAACAACAAGCCAACAUUGGAUUACUUGACACAACUUCAAUGUCGCUUCUCCGGCCAGAUGGACAUCCCGGACCGUACCGGUAUCCUAAUCCUUUCGAUGGGGUGAAGAAGAAGAACAGUGAGCUUAAUCAUAUUCAAAACGAUUGUCUUCACUGGUGCUUGCCCGGUCCGAUUGAUUCAUGGAAUGAUCUAAUGGUCGAACUGAUGCUUAACCGGGAACUGCACAGAUGACGGAUGUCAAAAGACGUAAAUAGCCUCCACUUCACGUGCUAUUUAUUAUUAUUGCUUUGUUGUAAUUAGUUUGUUCGUUUUUUUUUGAUGUGGGAUAUAUAGAAACGCCGUGUCGUUCGUUUUACAAAAUUUAAAUAAGAAGUAUUAGUUAUGCAAA